AUGUGCGCAGCAUCGGCAUGGGCGGCAGACAUGUCGGCGCCUGCGCAGGAAGAAGAACCAUAUGCCAGUCGGCCCCUGGACGACGAGACGGACAGCAUCCGGCUCGUGACCGUCGAAAGUGAUCUGAACGUGGAUGGUCUACUCUGCUGCCGCCUACGGACGAGAACGUUCGGCUCGAAGCCCGUCUACGAGGCUCUUUCGUACCGCUGGGGCGACGAGACGCUCAGGAAGACAAUUGUCGUCGACGGCUUCGCGUUCGACGUGACGGAGAACCUGUGGCACGCGCUGGAGGAGAUGCGCAGGAAACCGCGCAAGGCGCCGAUCUGGAUCGACGCCAUAUCCAUCAAUCAAAAGAACAUGGCGGAAAAGAGUCGUCAGCUGCGCAUCAUGCCGCACAUUUACACGCGAGCCUCCACCGUCCUCGUCUGGCUCGGCGUCGAGCAUUCGGCCGUGACCGUUGAUGUCGAUGACGCCGACGGCCAUCAAAGCCUCAAGAGCAAGAUCGUCACCGAUGCGUACUGGAACCGGGUCUGGAUCCUGCAGGAGAUUGGCAAGGCGCGCCGGAUUCAGGUAUGGAUCGGCACCGGCAUCGGCGACGGCGACGGCGAGGCGUUGGACUGGGACCGCUUCCUCGCCUGGCUCGACUCGUACUCGCGCUGGAGCAUGAACCGCCGUGGACCGUUCCACCUCGACCACCUACGACGGAACAAGUACAACGGCAGCUGCUCGCUGAGGAAGCUGCUGGAGAACCAUGCGGACGCGUGCUGCAAGGACCCGCGAGACAAGAUAUACGGCCUCGUCGGCCUCUCCUCGGACGGUCGCGGAUUCCCCAUGGACUACGGCAAGUCCCUCCUCGACGUCUGGGUCGACACGAUCCAUUUCAUGAGCCGCAGCCGGUUGCUUCCGGACGACUGCGCCGAGCUUGUGACCUUUUGCGCGCUCGUCCGGCGCUUGCUCGGCGGAGACGGCCUCGAGACGGUCGGCGGCGUCGUCCAGUUUCGACGGAACCAAGACUCGGACUGCUCGCUCUACCACAGCUGGGACCGUCGCGACAACGACGAGAUGGCACUCUCGGCCAUGACCCUGUCCUGCGACGUCUUGGGUGCCGUCCACGCGCUCGGCCCUUCCGCCACCGAGCUCGUCUCCUCCCUCGAGCUCACGGACGCGUGGGAGGCCGAACUUCAGCGGAUUCAUCCGCGGGAGCUCGACACGGCACGGCAGGAGCACGACCAUCUGAUGCAGCGCAUGCUCGACGACGCCGACGGCCGGCUCGAGCCCCUGAGCUCGUUUGACCAUCACCGCAUCGACUUUGUCGGCGACGAGCUCUUCAGCGACCUCUUCUACUACCCCGACGACGAGGACGAGCCGAUGGCGGCGGCUCUUCGGGAAUCGUGGAACCACUCGACGACGAGGCCGUCGGAGCCUCGGCUUGCCAUUCUUCGCCACCGCAAGCCAAAGGACAAGACGCCCUUCAAGAUCGCCCUCGUGCCGGCCCGGGCCCAGCUCGGGGAUCUCGUCUGCCGAGUCCAGGGCUUUCCCAUGAAGCGCCUCGUCCUUCGUCACGAGCGGUGGGCCCAUAACGCCAUACUGACGAGGAUGCACGUCUUCGGCACGGCCACGACGGCGCGCGAUCUCAUGGCCGAGCGGCGCUGGGAUGAGUCGGCGGUCGAGGGCGGGCACGAGAUGAAGGUCAUGAUGGAUGCAAGGACCUUUUACGCCUUGAUACUGGGGCACGGAGCGGACAGGGAACACGGAGCGGACAGGGAACACGGAGCGGACAGGGAACACGGAGCGGACAGGGAACACGGAGCGGACAGGGAACACGGAGCGAACAGGGAACACGGAGCGGACAGGGAACACGGAGACGGAGACGGGGAUGGAUGA